AUGGAGUACAGCGUGAACGAGGAGUUUGUCCGCCAGGUCUCAGCGCAGUGGGGAGGGACAAGGUCUCGAGACGUGAACAGCAUCCUGGAGAUAGUGGAGAGGCUGUGGGGGCACUUCUUCAGCGGGGAUGUGGCUCCAAGUGACGGGGAGAAGAUAAGGCUUGCGGCAAAGCUGAUCACGAGAUGCGACGCAAACUCGGACGGGCUGCUGAAUUUAGAGUCGUUCCUUGAGUGGUACAGGAUCACAGUCGACAUAUGGCCGUUGAUCAAGAAGACGGUCAAGAGCAAGAUAAUCACAGCAUCGAAUACAACGUUGACAUGGGACGAUAAUCUUAUCUUGGCAAAGGUAGCGUUCGAUGACAAUGAUGAAGAUGACUGCGGUAGAGUAAGUCAGGAGGUACGCUUGGUUUUUGGCGGGGCAGCACCAGUGUGUAACUCGCUUGCUCAUGUACAGAAAAUCCUCAAGGUUGCAGAUGUAGUCCUUGACAACUUGAGUGAGGAGCAGAACAUCACAAAGCUUGAGAGGAUCAAACUCUGCGAAGAUCUCCUCAACUACAGAGAAGACAAGAACGACGACAGGAUCACCUUCCCUGCCUUCUGCUCCUGGUACUCCAGCAUCGAAGGGAAGCUGCUGGGCAUUCGUGCACUUGCUGCCAAGCAGAUGGUGGCGCGAGAAGGGAUGCAGGCGUUGAGCCAGCACAGCUCGCCGAUGGCAAGGGAAAGCUCUGUGCUGGACUCGCAGUCGAAACAACAAGACAUGCUCGUGAAACGCAAACUCUUCGCCUCGAGGGAAUCGCACAACGAGACUCCCACCAAACCUCUGCCUCGACCUCCUUCUCCUGCCCGAGAACAUGUCGCUAGCAUGCGCACCCCAGCUCACAUGGAAGGAUCCAGAAACGUCUCGUCACCGUCGAUUCACGUGGAAGGAUCCAGAAACUCUCCAUCGGUCUCUGCUCAUGUAGACGAGGGGUUUAGAAACAUCUCUCCGUCUCUCUCUGGUGGGGCCCUGUCUCACAAUGGGCUAAUCCCCCCAGAGUCUUCAGGCGCAAGGUCAUCAGGCAACCAUAUCAGAGAUCAAAGCCUGGACUACGCUCCUGACUUGACGGCAACGUCUUUGCUUGACCAGCAGUCGGCGCCUCUUGACAACUCUUCUCCUUCGAGAGUCAAGAACAUCGCCAAGUCCUUCUCGGUCGGGCCGAUCGCUCAGCUGGACCUGUCGAAGCUCAAGACGGAUGAGUCGGACGAGGGCGCGUCAAACAAAUCCCCCACUCAUGGCGCCGACGACAUUCUGCAGCGUCUGGCCCGACUGAACAUCACACCCAGGAAGUCGGAGAUGUCAAACCUGCAGCCUCCCACGGAAGUUGAGAAGAUUCGCAUCGAAGAGAGGAUCGACGAGCUGCUGCAGAGCAGGUCGAGGUGGAGCGAGGGGAGGGAGCCGGCGAUGCCGGGCUUCCAGAGCACCUCUUCCCUCAUACACACGCUGCAGGAGCGCAAGCCUCUUCCCAGCAUCUCCAUAGCCACAGAGGCUGAGCUGUCUGCGGCUGACAUCAAGUACUCCAGCACCUCCGUGUUGCGAUCUCAGACCCCCAGGAGCUCCGACGCCUCGACGCGCUUUGACAACUCGCGGCCUCAUGCCAUCGUGACGUCAGACACGAGCACCUACACCCCCAGAAGCUCCGCCAGCCGAUCUCAUGUCGUCAUCAACCCCGAGGAAUACUCGCUGAGCUCAUCGCCUUUCUCGGCCAAGGUGGAGGACGAGCUAAUCGAGUUCUACAAGAUCUACAACCCUCACAAGCUCGCCCACAUAGUGCAAGUAGCGCAGAGGUACCGCAACGACAGGCGGGGCCUGAACCAGGCGCUGCGAGACAGGUAUGGCACCGACCUCGAUAGCCUGCGAAAGACUCGCCUCGCCUUCCCUCGAGACACCCCGAGGGGUCAGGAGUCCUCGUUCGGCUCCCCCGUACGAGUUCCGAGGAACACGGGAACAGAUCAGAACUUUGCGGAACGAUCAAGAGGAGGCGGGGGUGACACGGGCGACAAGAUCUUCCGACUCUUUGGGGUUCGGCUUGUGCGGCGACAUGACAGAGAUCACGGGACCGGCUACAUCGCCAUCUCUGAGGUCCAUCCAUCCAGGUCCUACACCGGGCUGGAGGCUGACCAGGAGGUGAUCAUGGUCAACAACCGGCGGGUGCGAGGGGAGGCAGUGGGGGACCUGGUGCGGUACAUGGGGAUAGAGACGGAGAAUAGCUUGCUGCUGGAAGUGAAGCGAGGGUCCAAGGUCGUGUCGGUCCGCCUCCCUCGAGGGUCGUUCCAAGAGACGAGGACGGAGAUGAAUUACCAAGCGGAUUUCUCUCCUUCACGUGUCCGUACCAGCACUGUGUACCUCCAGCCCGGGACGCCACCAGGAAGGAGCGUCAGUCCCAUCUCCUUCAUCCAGCCUUCCAUGGAACUUGGGGGAUAUUUCCAUGGCGGCGGCCACGUGCCCGAAGCCUCCUGGUCCCCCAUGCAGAGCCCCAGAGGAGAGUUUCGGCCUGUCAGCCCGAUGAUGGGGCAUCCGCUCUCCAUGCAGCCUCCCGCCUUCAACCAGCCGAUUCCUAUGAUCUUCAGCUCGGGGUAUGGCAACAUGAGCCCGAGAAACAGCAGGUGGUGA